AUGAGCGGUCUACUGAAGCUGUCGGCGUCGUUGCUGCCGAGGGGUCUGCCUGGGGCGGCGACGUUGAACAAGCUGGGACUGCCGCUCCUCGGUAACCGCAAGAUUCACCACACGCCGGACCGAACGGCCAAGAUCUCUAACGAGAUCUCCAAGCAGUACCCCUUGGUGGACCACACGUAUGACGCGGUGGUGGUGGGAGCCGGCGGUGCCGGGUUACGCGCGGCCUACGGCCUCGUGGCCGAGGGCUUCAAGACCGCGGUGGUCACCAAGCUGUUCCCAACGAGGUCGCACACGGUCGCCGCCCAGGGUGGCAUCAACGCCGCUCUGGGCAACAUGGAGGAUGACAAUUGGCAGUGGCACAUGUACGACACCGUCAAAGGCUCGGACUGGCUGGGCGACCAGGAUGCCAUUCAUUACAUGACCCGCGAGGCACCGAAGGCCGUCAUCGAGCUGGAAAACUGCGGCAUGCCUUUCAGCCGCACCAGCGACGGCAAGAUCUAUCAACGCGCCUUUGGUGGUCAAUCCCUCAAGUUCGGCAAGGGUGGCCAAGCUCAUCGAUGCUGUUGCGUAGCCGACAGAACCGGCCACUCGCUGCUGCACACAUUAUAUGGCCAAUCAUUGAGCUACGACUGCAACUAUUUCGUCGAAUACUUCGCGCUUGAUUUGCUGAUGGAAGAUGGCGAAUGUCGUGGUGUGAUUGCGCUCUGCCUAGAGGAUGGCACGCUACAUCGUCUUCACGCUAAGAACACGGUGCUUGCCACCGGUGGUUACGGACGCGCUUAUUUCUCGUGCACGUCUGCGCAUACCUGCACCGGAGACGGCACUGCCAUGGUCUCCAGAGCCAAUCUGCCUAAUCAAGACUUGGAAUUUGUACAAUUUCAUCCUACAGGUAUUUACGGUGCCGGAUGCCUGAUUACGGAAGGUAGUCGCGGUGAAGGUGGCUAUCUAAUAAACAGUGAGGGCGAGAGAUUCAUGGAGCGUUACGCGCCGGUAGCAAAAGAUCUAGCAUCACGAGACGUGGUGUCUAGAUCCAUGACAAUGGAGAUCAGGGAAGGCAGAGGCGUCGGACCGGAGAAGGAUCAUAUUUAUCUGCAGCUACAUCAUCUGCCACCUGAACAGCUGGCUGCACGAUUACCUGGGAUUUCUGAGACGGCGAUGAUAUUCGCUGGCGUCGACGUGACCCGAGAACCUAUCCCCGUCAUACCAACUGUUCAUUACAAUAUGGGAGGUGUACCGACGAAUUACAAAGGUCAGGUAUUAAUCAGGGAGAACAAUCAAGACAGAGUAGUACCUGGAUUGUAUGCAUGCGGUGAAGCAGCUUGUGCAUCCGUUCACGGCGCCAAUCGUCUAGGUGCCAAUUCUUUAUUGGAUUUAGUUGUAUUCGGACGUGCUUGCGCUAAAACUAUCGCCCAAGAAAACAAGCCUGGUGAGGCAAUCGGACCUUUGAAACCCAAUGCUGGCGAGGAGACUGUAGCUAAUUUAGAUUGGGUUAGAAACGCCAAUGGCUCUAUUUCUACUGCGGAAUUGAGGCUGACUAUGCAAAAAACUAUGCAGACACAUGCAGCCGUCUUCAGAGAUGCCGAAAGCUUGCAAGAAGGCUGUCGGAAGAUGACUGAUCUCUAUAAGAAACUGGACGAGCUAAAGGUCGCAGACAAAUCUUUAAUAUGGAACUCCGAUCUAAUAGAGACGCUCGAACUGCAAAAUCUCAUGAUCAACGCGAUGCAGACUAUCGUGGGGGCCGAGAAGAGAAAGGAGAGUCGCGGCGCGCACGCUCGCGAGGAUUUUAAGCAAAGAAUCGAUGAGUACGACUAUAGUAAACCGAUCGAGAAUCAACAGCCAAAGUCGCUCGAUCAACAUUGGAGGAAGCACACACUGUCAAAGAUCAAUCCGAGAACAGGAGAGGUGUCUCUCGACUAUAGACCAGUUAUCGAUACUACACUCAAUCAAGAGGAAUGCGCGACAGUCCCGCCAGCGAUUCGUUCCUAUUAAAUUAAUUCUACAAAUGGACAAUAUUAAAAUCCAUCGCUCUAGGACUCUCAUCAAUCGCUACCGAAUUUCUGUUUCAGCGCAAUUCUCGAUCGCAGCUUAACGCUAAACAUUAUUUAGACCGAGAUUACAACGGAAUCGUUGCCGUGACGAUCCUUAGCGUUAGCGCUAUUAUUACGCAACAAAUCUGUUAAUUUAUUGCAUACACAUACACACAUACAUACAUACAUACACGAAUUUCAUUGUGCACCAAAGUUGAUUCUUGUCAUUCGCUUGCGCCACGAAUUGCGUGAGCAGGAUUAAUAGUCCUCGUAGGAUGCCGGUGCUGAGAUUAUUAUUCUCUCAUCUAUGUGAGAAAGUACACUCGAUCUCGCUCAGCGAAAUCGGUACUCAAUUCAACAAAUAAAGUAAUAGUCAAAACUAGAACAAUUCACGGUAACAGAGGAAGUGUAUAGAAUACAAAUUUUUCAGGAAAUGUUUUUUCUCCUGUAUAAUAUAGUACAAUGAUAUCUGAUAAAAAAAAAA